AUGACUUAUCAGGAGGGAAGCCUGUGGUUCUAUGCACCGAACAAAGGUGCACCUAUCGCUUUUGCAAUACUUUUUGCUCUUUCAGGGGGCAUCCACUUUUACCAAUGCCGUCGAUAUCAAUCUUGGAAAGUGACCGGUCUUCUCCCAUGGUCGGCGAUUCUUUUCACCGCAGGUUUUAUUACACGAACCGUCGGUGCAUUCGGACAGUGGGGCAAUCUUAACCUCUACAUUGCAAGUACUGUUCUUCUGUUGGCAGGACCACCCGUCUACGAGGGUGCCAAUUUCUUCAUACUCGGCCGCAUGUUGUACUACAUUCCCUACCAUUCGCCUAUCCAUCCUGGUCGUGUCUUCACUACAUUCAUUGCGCUGGGCAUAGCUAUCGAAGCUAUCACCGCCAACGGAGCUGUUCGAGUUGCAAGCUCCGGUUCUACCCCACACGAGCAAAGCGUUGGCAAAGCCUUGCUUAAGACGGCUCUUAUCUUACAACUUGCUCUUAUGGUGGCUUUCACCGCACUUGCUGCAAAGUUCCAGAUCAACUGCAAGCGAGGCGGGGUACUGAACCACAAGAUGAAACGCUGCCUGAUAGUCCUUUACAUCAGCUGUGCACUCAUUACAGUCCGCACUAUCUACCGCACGGUCGAGUACUUUUCCGCCGCAAGCCUGAACUCGCAGACAGACAUCCAGCAUAUCAGCCCUGUGCUAAAACAAGAGUGGUUCUUCUGGUUCUUUGAGACCGUUUUCAUGUACAGCAAUAGUACACUGUUGAACGUCUUCCAUCCUAUGCAAGUCUUGCCCCGAAAUAACAAGAUUUAUUUGGCUCAAGAUGGCGUGACGGAAAUCGAGGGUCCUGGAUACAAAGAUCCUCGGAACUUUAUACUCACUUUCUUCGAUCCGUUCGAUAUCUACGGCCUUAUUGUGAAUAAGGGCAAGAAAGAAAAAUACUGGGAGACUCAGGCGCAGCAGUCGACCGCUACCAAAGCUCCCGAGACUGCGUAG